CGGAUCCUUUCCCUUCCGUGGGGAAAUGUGGGCGGCUGGCAACGUUAAGGUUGGCGAUUGCUUGGCUGCCGCUUCCGUCACUCUGAGACGGUACUUGAAAUUGAGGGCGAUCAUGGCAAAGAGCAAGUUCGAGUAUGUGCGAGAUUUCGAGGCUGACGACACAUGCCUGGCCCACUGCUGGGUGGUGGUGCGGCUGGACGGCAGGAAUUUCCAUCGGUUUGCUGAGAAGCACCACUUUGCAAAACCUAACGACAGCCGUGCUCUCCACUUAAUGACCAAAUGUGCCCAGACAGUAAUGGAAGAACUAGAGGAUAUUGUGAUUGCAUAUGGACAGAGUGAUGAGUACAGCUUUGUGUUCAAGCGGAAGAGCAAUUGGUUUAAAAGAAGAGCCAGUAAGUUCAUGACUCACGUGGUCUCCCAGUUCGCCUCCAGCUUUGUGUUUUAUUGGCGGAGUUACUUUGAAGACCAGCCUCUUCUGUAUCCCCCAGGCUUUGAUGGAAGAGUCGUGGUGUAUCCUAGCAACCAGACCUUAAAGGACUACCUGAGCUGGCGGCAAGCAGACUGUCACAUCAACAAUCUUUAUAAUACAGUUUUCUGGGCACUUGUACAGCAGUCUGGAUUAACACCAGUACAAGCUCAAGCGAGACUACAGGGAACUCUUGCAGCAGACAAGAAUGAGAUUUUAUUUUCUGAAUUCAACAUCAACUAUAACAAUGAGCCAGUGAUGUACAGGAAGGGGACUGUGUUGAUAUGGCAGAAGGUGGAUGAAGUCACAACAAAAGAAGUUAAGCUGCCAGCAGAAAUGGAAGGGAUGAAGAUGGUGGUGACUCGGACCAGAACUAAGCCCGUACCCUUACACUGCGAUGUCAUCGGGGAUGCUUUCUGGAAGGAACAUCCAGAGAUCCUGGAUGAAGACAGCUGACCCUUUGCCUUUCAAUCCUGGCAUGCUUGACCAUGCAGAGCCCUCCAAGCCUCCUGGUCUUAGGUGCCCCUAGCAUCUCUGCAUCCUUGGAAGCGACAUGACUCUGGUUGGGAGGGGAGCAAGGAACGGGAGGAUGGAUGUGGGUGGUGUAUCGUGUUCUGCUUUAAGUGGAACACCUUUUUUUGCAGUGUUGAAACAUGGUUCCUUUGGUUGAAAUGCAGUUUUACAAAAUCGUGGUACUAUUUUUAUAAAGCAAGAACUAUUUUAUGCCUUGCAGAAUGAAUCAUUUUUAGAUUAUGGCAUAAGUCUCAUAAAAACCUGUCAUGCUCUUUUCACCUUGAUGGAAGAUGAGCCCAAACUUUACUCUCACUCACCUGUUCAUAAACGGAGAUGCCAGUGACCUUGAUAAUCUCACCUCUUGCAUCAUCUGCUUGGAUUCAUCUUUGGCCGACCUGGAGUGAAUAUGGAUUGAUGCCUGCCUGAUGCCUCUGAAUUCAGGAACUCCAGGACCAACUCAGGGCUUUGGGCCUUUCUCCAAGUUGGCACCUUGGGCUGAACAAGAGUUGUAGUUGGAUGUCCUUGUGUAAACAUUCUGCAGAUUGAGUUGGUGGAGUUGUCGGCAUGAUCAUCGUCAUCUUGCCAGGGCAAUGAUUCCAAGGCCAUUUACCUCUUUCUAAAAAGAAAGAAAAUUAUGUGUCUUUAUGAGAGCAAAAACUUGUGAAAAUAGAUGGAGGAGGAAGAAACAUUUACCCUCUGUCCUCUAGAUACUUCAGUUUGAAAAGUCACCUCCCUGAUAUUCUCUUUUAGCCACGGCAGGUUAAAGGAUCCAGCCUUGUCACUGCGGCGGCUCAGGUUGUUGCUAUAGCACAGGUUCAAUCCCUGGCCCAGGAACUUCCAUGGGCGUAACCAAAAACAAAACUAAGUCACCUCCCUGUUGGACCGACUGAAAAAGAUUCUCAGUAGCCUCUGUAUAAUCAGAAUAAUGACAUUUGAAUUAGAGAGCAGAGGGAGCCCACACUCCCCUUGAGGUCACGGGUGGCACAGGAGUCCUAGUCAUUCCACCUGUAGCUGGGCCAGUGGCGUUGGGUGAGGAGCAGCGGGAAUUGCAUGUUGUCAGGAUGUUGGCCUCUGAAGGGGGAGGAAGUGGGGGUACAUGGUGAGAGAACUCAUAUUUCCUUUUGUCCUCAUUUCAUAUUUUAGAAGAAUAAGAUUAAUUUGACUCUAUAAAGAACUAAUUAAGAGACAGCCCACAUCCCAGUGCCUGGUCUUACACUGUAGAAUUUACAGCCAAGAAAAUGUAUUUUUGAAAGGGCAAUGGCUGGUUUCAUCCCUCACUAAUUGACACCCCAUCUGUCUACACCUUUUUUUCCCUUCCUGAUAUCCUUCACAGGAAUAGGAGAUGUGGCUUAUGUUUGGUAAUUGAUAAAAUAUCUUUUGAGAGAAAAUAAUAAAGGUUUCAACUCCCUUGGCCUAAA